ACUAUAAAGAGGAGGGGCCGUGAAAGAGAAACUGUAAGGCGAUUCUGUCUGUCCAGGCCAACGCCCAUUAAAGUUGGCAACGAAGCUCAGAAACAUUCUCCUAAAUCUCCACUCCAUUUAGUGUAACGGGUGCCGUGCAUCUCUGAAUCCUUCAGCAGUGUCCUUAUCUCUUCAUCUCUCCUCCAUCACAAUGGCAGCGUUGGGCAACCGUGGAACCGUAACUGAGGCAUCAGGCUUCAACCCAGAGGAAGAUGCCCAGAAACUUUACAAUGCUAUGAAAGGAAAUGGUACCAAUGAGGCGACUAUCAUCGAGAUCCUCGCCCAUCGCACUAUUGCACAAAGGCAGAAAAUCAAGGAGUCUUUCAAACAGAGCGUGGGAAAGGAACUGGUUGACUGCUUGAAGUCAGAGCUAUCUGGAAACUUUGAGCAGGUUGUGGUCGGCCUGAUGAUGCCUGCCCCAGUGUAUGACGCGUAUGAGCUGAGGAACGCCAUCAAGGGUGCAGGAACUGAGGAGGCAUGUCUCAUUGACAUCCUUGCCUCAAGAACCAAUGCUGAGGUGAAGGAAAUCAUUGCUACCUACAAGAAAGAAUAUGGCAAGAGUCUCGAUGAAGAUGUCUCUGGAGACACGUCUGGAAUGUUCCAGAGAGUUUUGGUGUCUUUACUCACGGCUGGCCGUGACCAGAGCACCAAGGUGGACGAGGCUCAGGCUGUUCAGGAUGCAAAGGACAUCUAUGAGGCAGGCGAAGCUCGCUGGGGAACAGAUGAGGUCAAGUUCCUAACUGUACUGUGUGUGAGGAACCGAAAUCAUUUACUCCGAGUGUUUCAGGAGUAUCAGAAGAUUUCUGGAAGGGACAUUGAGGACAGCAUAAAGAGAGAGAUGUCUGGCUGCCUGGAGGAUGUAUUUCUGGCAAUAGUGAAAUGCCUGAAAAACAAGCCAGCAUUUUUUGCUGAAAGGCUCUACAAGUCAAUGAAGGGUUUAGGCACCACAGAUAGCGUGGUGAUCAGAAUCAUGGUGGCUCGUGCCGAGAUCGAUAUGCUGGACAUCAAAGCAGAGUUCCUGAAGAUGUAUGGAAAGACCCUUCAUUCCUUUAUAAAGGGUGACACAUCGGGCGAUUACAGUAAGAUCCUGUUGGAGCUGUGCGGAGGAGAAAAAGAGCUCAAUCUUUCAUAUGAAACACUGCGUGUUCUCAUCUCUUCAUCUCAAGAAUCAAACCUCUCCUCCAUCACAAUGGCAGCGUUGGGCAACCGUGGAACCGUAACUGAGGCAUCAGGCUUCAACCCAGAGGAAGAUGCCCAGAAACUUUACAAAGCUAUGAAAGGAGCUGGAACCGAUGAGGCGACUAUCAUCGAGAUCCUCGGCCAUCGCACUAUUGCACAAAGGCAGAAAAUCAAGGAGUCUUUCAAGCUGAGCGUGGGAAAGGAACUGGUUGACUGCUUGAAGUCAGAGCUAUCUGGAAACUUUGAGCAGGUUGUGGUCGGCCUGAUGAUGCCUGCCCCAGUGUAUGACGCGUAUGAGCUGAGGAACGCCAUCAAGGGUGCAGGAACAGAGGAGGCAUGUCUCAUUGACAUCCUGGCCUCAAGAACCAAUGCUGAGGUGAAGGAAAUCAUUGCUACCUACAAGAAAGAAUAUGGCAAGAGUCUCGAGGACGAUGUCCGUGCAGACACGUCUGGAAUGUUCCAGAGAGUUUUGGUGUCUUUACUCACGGCUGGCCGUGACCAGAGCACCAAGGUGGACGAGGCUCAGGCUGUUCAGGAUGCAAAGGACAUCUAUGAGGCAGGCGAAGCUCGCUGGGGAACAGAUGAGGUCAAGUUCCUAACUGUACUGUGUGUGAGGAACCGAAAUCACUUACUCCGAGGUAUCUGUUCAUGCCAAAUAAUAACCGAAAUACUCCUUACCACUUCUGUGUUUGUUCUAGGAAGCAACUCUGUGGGAAAAUUAUCGUACAUGACAGUGUUUCCCAAUGUUUUUCCAGUGGAGUAUCAGAAGAUUUCUGGAAGGGACAUUGAGGACAGCAUAAAGAGAGAGAUGUCUGGCUGCCUGGAGGAUGUAUUUCUGGCAAUAGUGAAAUGCCUGAAAAACAAGCCAGCAUUUUUUGCUGAAAGGCUCUACAAGUCAAUGAAGGGUUUAGGCACCACAGAUAGCGUGCUGAUCAGAAUCAUGGUGGCUCGUGCCGAGAUCGAUAUGCUGGACAUCAAAGCAGAGUUCCUGAAGAUGUAUGGAAAGACCCUUCAUUCCUUUAUAAAGGGUGACACAUCGGGCGAUUACAGUAAGAUCCUGUUGGAGCUGUGCGGAGGAGAAAAGUAACUCGUUCACCGUGUUCAUUAGCGUGAAACGCUGUCUCUCACACCAAGUCUACUGCAUUUCAAACACAUUCUCUGUUUGUAAUACCCAUUAAAACCAAACAGUGUUGUUUUAAACGAGACUCAUGUUUUAUUUUGAUUUGUGUUUAUAGCCUUGGAAUUUAUGGGAGUCCUUCAUAGAUUGGUGUGUGUUUCAAAUGAAUAAAAGGAGAAAAGAACAGCCUGCAUUGACUGU